AUGGCAUCCCACACCUCCCAGCCGCAGACGACUUUGGACGAGACCAAAAUGGCUUCCGAAAUAGAGAUGACCAAACCCUCUCUGGAGGAAGGCCAGCACCGAGACGUGAAUGAGCAAGUCUCCUUCACCCCUGACUCUCGCUUUGAGCGCAAGCUCAUCCGUAAGCUGGACCUCCUCACUGUCCCAGUGAUGAUCUUGAUCUAUUUCCUCUCGUUUCUGGACCGGACCAAUAUAGGCAAUGCGAGGCUGCAAGGUCUUCAGGAAGAGCUGGGUCUCACAGACCAUACCUACCGCAUCGCCCUCUCCGUGCUGUACGUCCCUUAUAUCAUUCUGGAAAUCCCCAGCAACCUGGUCCUUAAGAAGAUCGGACCGCACAUUUUCUUGCCGACCCUGAUGACCAUCUGGGGCAUCGUCGCCACGCUGCAGGUUAGGAAGUCAUUCCAAUAUCUGAUGUUGCAAAUGCUGAUCGUGAACCAGGGCAUCGUCAAGUCCACUGCAGGUCUGUAUGUGAACCGAUUCUUUCUGGGCGCUGUCGAAGCUGGAAUCGUCCCGGCCAUCAUCCUCUAUCUGUCCAUGUGGUACAAGCGCGGCGAGCUGCAGACUCGGAUCGGGCUCUUCUGGGGUGCGGCCUCGCUUUCCGGUGCCAUUGGAGGUCUCCUUGCCGCGGCGAUCAGUAAUUUGGACGGCCACGCCUCGCUCAGGGGGUGGAGUUGGAUCUUUAUCAUCGAAGGCAUCUUUACCGUCGUCUGUGGUUUCGCAUCAUUCUUCCUCAUCGCCAAAGCCCCAGAAACCACUCGGUUCCUAUCGGAACAGGAACGAGAAUACGCAGUUGCACGACUCAGGCAUGAUGCCAUGCAUACCAACCAAGUCACCAUCGACGGCGUCACACACCACUUGGUCGUCGACAACAGCUUCUCGUGGAAGGCUGUCUAUUCGGUCUUCAUCGACCCCCAGAUGUACGGCCUGGCCGUGGUGGCCUUCAGCAGCGGAACUUUGGUCUUUAGCCAGGCAUACUUUCUUCCGACCGUCAUAUCUGACAUGAAGAGCAUUGCGACGACCCCUGUGAUCGCACAGCUCUUGACCGUCCCGCCGUACACGGUUGGGGUCAUCACCACGCUCAUCGGCUGCCAUUACUCGGACAAAUACCACUUCCGCUACCCUUCCCUGGCCAUCCCCACUCUGGUUGCAAUCAUCGGCGUCGCCAUCAUAUACGCCACCGAAGGCGUCGGGGUCCGAUAUUUCGGCAUCCACCUGACGGUCGCCGGCAUCUACAGUUCUGUCCCCGUCUACCUUUCCUGGGGCUCGAACAAUUUCUCGGGCCAUUACCGGCGCGCAACGGGCGUGGCCGCCAUCUUUGUCUUCACCAACUCCGGCGGCAUUCUCUCGACCUGGCUGUUCCGGGCGUCCGAGGCUCCUAGCUUUCAAACGGCAUAUAUCAUCAACCUGGUGCUUCUGUGCGUGCUGCUGGUCUCGGCUACGGGUCUCUCGCUGUAUUAUCUGCGCCAGAACAAGAUUCGGGACGGGUUCGUUCGAAGCGGUAGAUUUGAAGAGUACGGGAUGGACAAGGACGGUGACCAACAUCUGUUUUUCCGAUAUGUUCGUUGA